UUUGCGCCUGGUCACGUGAGUCGAGUAUGAGGAAAAUGAAAGUGUGAUUAUCGCACAAAUCUUUCGGCAAACGUGUUCUGCUGGAAAUACGCGGAUUAAUUGCUCGGGUUGCAGGCACGGAUCCCCGUUUCUGUCAACUUUGAUCUCAGCAGCUGGAGCGGGGAUAAAGACGCGCUUCUUCAGAUAAAAGUGGAUGAUGGCAGCAUCUCAGAAAUUCCUGCUGAGAGUUUACAGCACUACAGAUGUUGUUGUGAAGGUUUCUCUAACUAAGCGGCCUGAGUCAGUGGAAGAACUAAUCACCAUACUCCGGGAGAAGCUCAACCCAAGGCUGGACUUUGAGUUUACCUUACAAUACGAAGACCCUGACUUUGAUGGGCAACUUACCUGUCUACAUGAUAUUCAAGAGCUACUAGAGAAGAGCACAUUAAAAAUAGUGCGAUCCGAAAGUGAUGCCAGUUCUUGUGCAAGUUCUGACACAGACAUCCUUCCUCAUGUGCCUUUAGCUCAGCGUCUGAAGUGUUGGCCUGACACUUUCCCAGUACCUACCUUUUCUUACGAAGUCGAACAUGUCCUUGAGAAGGGAAAUAAAGCCUACGAGAUGUCUGGAAAGCAACUGAAAUUGACACGAGCCCAAAAGCACAACAUCUUGGAGACCAUGGCUUCAGUGAUGCACACCUUCAAAGCCUAUCCGAGUGACAGAGAUGUGUGUUUGGCAGCAAAAGCUCUUGUUACCACUCAUCCAUGUCUUAAUGAGCCUGGAAGUUAUGGUUGGAAGACCAGUUUAAAAUUUAAGAUGGGAAAUUACCGCACCAAGCUAGCCAGAGCCGGAUGCGCGGAGGUGUCCGUGAAUGCUGGUAGAAGGAGUAUCAACAACCCAGAAGGAGAGUAUCCCCACUCCAACAUAAAAAGAGCACGAAAAGCUGAGGUAAACUACCUCCCAAACUUUCCAAGAGGAGAAGAUAAGGCCAGUCUGGAGGAAUUGAGAGUCCAGAUAAAAAAUGAGGUUGAGAAGACCGAGCCCAACAAAGUAAUGAUUGAAAAACUGAUGCAAACAACCUUUGCACUGCGUCGCCAUGAGAUCGUUCAAGAAAACCCAAUGGUGAAGGACUUCUUAGAGAAAUGGCCAGCUCUGCGAUUUCACUCACAGGUUUGUGCGGAGUUCCACCGAGUCACAAACAUCAACCUGCAGAAACAGUUCUAUGCUGAACUUGACAGACACACACCACGACUUAUGGCUCUAUACAGACAGAAGGCCACAUGCACUGGCAAGAUAUCGGAGGCUCUGCGAAACAUUCUGAAUCAUUAUGAUCAUCAGGAAGCACCUGAUGUCGAUGUGAAACGGACUGCAGUGCUACGUGCCCUUCCAGUAUACCUGCGGGAGGAAGACCCAGAAUUCUUUAAGACAUGUGAUGCGGGCACGCUGGAUGAGACGAACCUGACUGACACUCCAGUUGCCCUUCUCACAGUGGUUGCUGACGGCUCUGCUGAGACCAGUCCAGUCCAUUUCAGUCCUUCAAGCAUGGCUGUUGUGGUGGAAGGCGACUUGGUGAUCCGUGAUAUUGCCAGAUUUGCUGAUGCAUAUGCCUUAUUGUUUGGCUUGAUCUAUGCUCUGCAUUUGGACUACCCCAGGAAACUAGUUCACACAUUCACCUUUGUCCAGAAAGUCUUCAUGGGGCUUGAUGAUGGCAAACCACUGAAACCCAGCCUUCAUGCUCUUAGAAAUGAUUUGUUACAGAGUGAGUAGUUAUGAAAGAUAUGCAAGGCAACUGGUUGUUAGGACAGGCACACUGUUACUGAGCACCUUCUUUGAAGUAUUUUAUUUAAAGCACUUUUAAGUUUUCUACAGGCUUUGGGUGGAUGUAAUUCCCAUCAGUUUACCUCAUUUUUUUAUACAAGGUUAUUUGGGUGCCGAUAAACAUUAUUUGAACCUGUUAAAAAAUAUUUAUUUUAUUUAAUUUUUGUUUAUUUAAAAAAAUCUCUUUUGUGUUUGACCUUUUGUUUUUCAUUUUUAUAUAUUAGAAGAAAGAUGACUUUUAGGACUGAUGUUCUUUUAUGAUUUUAUAAAAAUGUUAUUAAAUGUUAUUAGCAGCAUUUUGUACGCUCACUUGUGCUCCAGUCCAUGUCAGUGGUUCCAUGUUGAUGGUUUUAUAAAAAAAACAUUUAUGUGAUGUUUUUCACAAGUCCAUAAAAAUGUUAAUAAACAAAAUGUUAAGUGAA